GGACAAACUUUGCGUAACCAUUGACAUCAUCAGCUCACAGAGCGAGUAAAAGCGAGUUUAGCACCGUCACUCGUAGUGUUGGUUAACUACUGAAUUCAGGUCACCUGGACUCUAAUCAUAAUGGGUGUGAAAGACCGCCCUCAGUGUUACUUUGAUGUCGAGCUCAACAGGGAACCAGUUGGGCGCAUAGUCUUUCAACUUUUUUCGGAUAUUUGUCCCAGGACGAGCAAAAACUUUCUCUGUUUGUGUACAGGUGAAAAAGGGACAGGCAAAGUCACAGGGAAAAAGCUUUGCUACAAAGGCUCCACGUUUCACAGAGUCGUAAAAAACUUCAUGAUCCAGGGAGGUGACUUCACUGAAGGAAAUGGAAGGGGAGGAGAGUCUAUAUAUGGUGGUUACUUUAAAGAUGAAAACUUCACUCUCAAACACGACAGAGAAUUCCUGUUGUCCAUGGCCAAUCGUGGGAAAGACACAAACGGUUCACAGUUUUUCAUUACCACAAAGACGGCACCUCAUCUUGAUGGAGUCCACGUUGUCUUUGGUGUAGUCAUCUCGGGUUUUGAAGUGAUAAAGAAGAUUGAGGGCCUGAAAACUGAUUCUGCUAGCAGGCCCUAUGCAGAUGUGAGAGUUGUUGACUGUGGCCAGUUGAUCACCAAGUCUGCAAAUGACGUGCUUCAGAGCAAGAGGAAAAGAACUUCACAUUCUAACUCCUCCCAUGACUGCAACGAGUCAUCCCCCCGGUUCUCCUCUUCAGAGGAAUCGGAAAGUGAGGAUAAUGAAAAAUGCAAACAAACUAGCAAGAAAAAGAGAGAUGCAAAGAUGAAACGGGCAAAGAAGAAAAGGAGAGCAUCAAAGAGGGUGAAGUCCACAGAUGUUCUGCCUUCUAAACACAGUACUGUGGAAAAAGAGGCACUUCAGAGAGAGAAUGAAAUGGAAGGAGAGAAGGAGCACGGUGGGAAACGAGAGAAACCUGUAGUGAGGCCAGAGGAAAUCCCACCCGUACCAGAAAACCGUUUCUUGCUGCGACGGGACAUGCCAUCUCAGGAAGAUAAAACAGUGAUGCCCGAGAAAGAAGAAUUGUCACUUUCAACUGAUUUCAAACCAGCAGUCACCAAAUCUGGGCGCAAGAUCAAAGGUAGAGGCACAAUGAGAUAUCACACGCCCACAAGGUCUAAAUCCCGCUCUGUCUCUCUGGAAGAGCGGGGCAGCAGUGAAACGCCACCUCACUGGAAAGAAGAGAUGAAGCGAACCAAAGCUUAUCAGCCCCCGAGUGAAGAGAGAUGGAGCAAAGGAGACAAAUUGAAUGACCGUUCCUCAAGCAGAUGGGAUAACAGAAGUGACUCAGAUUGGUCCCAGUCUUCAGAACACUCUUCAAGCCUCAGCUCUGACAGAUCUAGUGUACGCCAACAGUAUAAGAAAGAGAAGAAAAAAUACAAACGCAAGAAGAAGGCCAAAAAACAUAAGCAUGGCAAGAAGAAGGGCUCCAAGUACAAACGUCAAGAGUCUGACCCGUCUGAGGGUGAAAGGUCAGUGUGUUCAGGAAGACAGUCCGACUUCAGACGAUCCUAUUCUUCAUCUCGAUCCUCUUCAAGUCGGCAUCAUUCAUCAAAUAGGAGAAGACGACGGUCCUCACCGUCGUUACGAAACUCUCGAUCCUAUUCAAGAUCCCACAUGUCUAGUCAGUCUAGAUCAUGUGGGAGGUCCAGGUCAUACUCAAGGUCUCGGAGUCUGUCCAGAUCUAGAAGUGUGUCCUUAUCGAGGUCCAGAUCUUGUUCAUUUUCUCGAUCGCGAUCCAGUUCCAAGUCAAGAAGAAGAUCAAAGCAUAGAUCCAGGUCGUUUUCAUCAUCCAGAAAAAGAAGUUCUUCCAGAUCUCCAAGAAAAACAAAAGACAGCAAGUCCAAGGCAGGCACCUUUAUCCAUGUGCCAGAGAAGCUUCCAGACAGCAUAGUCACACCUGUGCCCAGACUCCCCUUUAUCCCAGCCCCCAAAAGUAUCCCUGUUAUCCCACUGAGUGACAGUCCUCCACCUUCACGCUGGAAGCCUGAUCAAAAGCCCUGGAAGCCCUCUUACAUCCAUAUUCACGAAGUCAAAGCUAAAGCAGCUGCUGAUGCCCCUACGUCUCCUGGGAAAUCUGUUUUUAGUGUUACGGAAAAAGCUCAGACUUCAAAUUUGCCAAAGACUAUACCAGCGAACUCUGAAAAUGUAUAUGUGUACACUGACAAAGUGGAUAAAGCUGCACCGCGCUCACGCAGUGGAUCAUUUAGAGGCAAGUCCCACAGCCGUUCAUACAGUCGCUCAAAGAGCCGAAGUUGUACGAGGUCCAGGUCGCCUCGUCAGUGUGACAGCAGAUCAUCCUACAGCAGGUCAGACUCUGAACACUCCCAGAAGAAAAUUAUCCGCAAGAAAAAUUCAUUAGAAAAGGAAUGGAAAGAGUAUUACAGUUCCCUAAAGAGGAUAAAAUAUUUAGAGAAGUACAUUUCACUUAGCAGUGAUCAAGAUGCUCAGGCAGAGUCAGAAAGCAAAAGUAGUAAUGAAAUCAGCCCUAGUUUUGAAGUCUUCAUGAAAGGUAGUUCAUUGGAGAAAACAAAAGAGAAGGACAUCUCUCAUGAUGGAGACACAAAGGCGAACAGCUUAAAUCUCAGUUCUGAAUGUGAGCGUGAUAGUAGUCUGAGCAGAAGCAACAGUGACACCUUUUCUAAAACACAGAAAGCACCAGUUCAGUUCAGUGAAACAAUGGACAAGAGGUCAUCUGCUCCUGCUGGGUGGAAUUCUGAAAGUGACAAUGAAAAUUUGCCAUCCAGGACACUGGCAAUAUCUGAAAAAGAAGAAGGGGAGGCAAGUUCAGAAUCAGAAUACGAGACUUGCAGAAAGCUAUCGGAGACAGAGACUGCACUGGAACCCAAGAACACUGCUGCUUCUGGUCAGUCUGAGGAAUGUCCGGAGAAAGCUACAGAUGCAGAGAAACAUAAGACCAAGAAAAAGGCAAAACAUAAGCAUAAACACAAGAGGAGAGCUGAAACCAAAAUUGGUUCGCAUCACAAUAAAGGCAAGACAAAAAGAUCUAAAAGGAAACAUCAGAAGCUGAAAGAGACAUUUCAUUGGCAGCCACCCUUAGAGUUUGGAGAGGAGGAGGAAGAGGACGAAUCAAAGAAGGAGAAGCGGUAUGAACAAAAUUAUAGUCCCGACAGAGCUGUCAAACAAAGAUCUGACAAAUCAUUGAGUGUAGACGCCGUGAAUGCAAAGGACCAGAAUUUAACUUCCUUACACAAGAAUUCUUCACGGCUUUCCAGAGAAGAAGGAAAGGAUCAACAAAGUCUAAAAGACUGUGUCUAUAAAACCUCAAAUACUAGUUCCUCAUCCAAUAUAAAGAACGAAGGCUUAUUGGAUGAUAUGGACAUAUGCACACCUGAGCAUAAUGUGGAGACAAUUGUUGAACCUCCUCAGGGUUCUUCAGUUAACUCAGCUGACUCAGCCAUAAAAAGUACUUCAAAUUCUUCAGACACAGCAGCUAAAGCUGUUGACUCUUUGCCUAAGUUUCAUAGUAAAGAACAAACGUCUGAGCCUUCUGUUACCUCCACAGCAAUGGGAAGUGGAAUACAAGAUGAAGGAACCACUGGCAAAUCUACAGGUACCGUUAUCAAUUUAAAAUGGAGACCAUUAAAAGGUUUGAUGGCUGUGCAGAAUUUGAGUCAGCCAGCAGUCAACAUGUGCAACAUUCAACUUCAAGAGAACCAGAACCCCAGCACCAAGGGAGUAAGAAUGGAGAUAAAAAGUACAAACAGAGUCCGGCCGGGAUCUCUGUUUGAUGAGGUUCGUAAGACUGUACGACUCAACCAGAGACAAAGGAACCGGGAAAGCUCCAGUGAGGAAAAAUCCCCUUCUGUGGUGAAGACAAAGGGAACUUCUGGUAACCGGUCCCCAAAGAAGUCUCACUCUGUCUCCAGUCCCCGAUCUUGCUCAAGAGGGUGGUCCCACUCUUCCAGCAGGUCCAGGAGCAGGUCUCACAGCUCCAGCUACUCUUCCAGGAGUCGCAGUAGGAGUCGAAGAAGACAUGGUAGAGGACGGUCACGCUCCUAUCCAAGUCAUAGAGCUCACAGUCGGACAUACAGCAGAAGUCAUUCUAGAAGUCGCUCAUACAACCGCCGUAGGGCAUCCAGGUCAGACUCCUCUGACAGCUACUCCUCCCGGAGUCGUAGUGCGAGCUGGAGGCGUGGACACAGGUGCAGUGACAGCUACAGGAGCUCAGACCGCAGAUCUUGGUCUUACCGCUCGUCCAGUCGCAGUUCUUCGAGGGGCAGAAGUCACAGCCGCAGCAGCAGGUACAGCUGAGCAACACCACAAAAAGGACUACUGAUGGGGAGCACAACCACAGUCUGGACACUGUGCACACAUCAUACUGAUGAUUUUAUUUUUAGUUUUUAGUUGUUUUUUUUGUACAAGUUGGUGGUAUGACAGACCAGCAACUGCCGAAAAAGUCUAUUACAUCAGUACUGGAUUGUUUUACAUAUUCUCUCUUCAUGUGCAUGGAAAAUGUGCAUUAGCUUUCAGGAGGUCUUUGAAUGUUUGAGAAUAUGAAUUAGUCAAAACAGCAUUAAACAAUCCACAAGUAUACACAAAGUCAGACUGUCUUGUUUUUGGGACCGUUACAGCUGGAAACAACCGCGCUAAUUCCAGUCAGCAUAACAGCUCAAGAAGCUAAGAGACAUAAGAGAAACUCUCAUCAGAAUCACACUUCUCAGAAAUUAGUUGUAAAUACUUUACAUUGCAUAUUUGUAUAUUCUGUUUUUGGAACUCCUGUUUUUCUACUCUGAAAUACGUAAAUGUAUAUGCAACAGUUUUCCUUGUCCUGUGUGACAAAUCUUUAUAGAAUGCAUGUUGACGUGAGUUCAGAUUUUGCGUCAUUGAAUAAAUAAGUUGAUGGUUUUUGAGCCAUUUCUGUGUGACGACUUGCCUUUGUUUAAUUACUUUUCUUACUGUACCACGAAUGCUAAAACUGCAUCCAAAGUAUAGUAUUGAGAUUUGAAUAAAAUGGUUAUAAAUGUUUACACUGAAUAAAUUCAACAAAAUCUUA